AUGACAGGUCGUGGUAAAGGAGGAAAAGGUCUUGGGAAAGGUGGUGCAAAACGCCACCGAAAAGUCCUUAGAGACAACAUCCAAGGUAUAACAAAACCUGCGAUUAGAAGACUGGCUAGACGUGGAGGAGUUAAAAGAAUUUCCGGCCUUAUAUAUGAAGAAACCAGGGGCGUUUUGAAAAUCUUCCUCGAAAACGUCAUUCGCGACGCUGUAACGUACACGGAGCACGCGAAAAGAAAAACGGUAACGGCUAUGGACGUUGUCUACGCGUUAAAACGGCAAGGCAGAACGUUAUACGGUUUUGGAGGUUAA